GUGAUUAGUAUACGUAAGUUGGGUGUUUAAAAAUGGAAGCAUCAUAUGAAAUUAUUUUUGAAGAUGUUCCAAAAACAGUAGAAUCGAGUCCCAUCCAGACAUGGACAUUAAGUGAAACUCUAACUGGACUGAUUCUGGUAUUAGUUAUAUAUCUGGCCUUAGUUUUAAAGAUUCUACCUACGUUUAUGAAACACCGCCAACCGUUUCAACUGAAUCGCUUACUAUCAAUUUACAACGCCGUUCAAGUUACUUCGUCAGUCUAUAUAGUGCUUCUGUAUACAAAAUACGUCUUUCAUCAUGGUGUUAUUACGACAAGAUGUCCGCAGGGCGAGGAUUUGAAAGACGUUAUCACCGACAUCAUUCCAUACUUCAUAGCGAAGCACGUUGACCUUUUAGACACAAUAUUCUUCAUCCUACGCAAAAAGCAAAACCAAGUGACCUUCCUUCAUGUGUACCAUCACAGCGCCAUGGUGGGAUGGACCUGGUUGCAUUAUAUGUAUCACCCAUGUGAUCACUUUGUGGUCGUUGGUCUGAUCAAUAGCUUCGUACAUGUUAUUAUGUACACUUACUACUGGCUGGCUUCUAUGGGCCCAGAUUACGCCCGGUUCGUUUGGUGGAAGAAACAUCUAACUAAAGUGCAAUUGAUACAAUUCGUCUUGGUUAUAUCAAAUCUCUACUACCAGCAGAAGUUGAGUUCUUGUCCUCUUCCAGCCGCAUUUCACUACUAUUGCCUCUUCUGUAUCAGCUCUUUCUUCGUACUCUUUAUAAAUUUCUAUCUCCAAAGCUAUACCAAAAGACGUGUAUCAAACUCUAAUAAACAGGCAUUAAAAGAUUAAAUUGAUUUAUUAAUUAAAGUUUACCACAUCAUACUAUAUCUAUAGUACAUGUUACAGCUAUUUUUAACAAAUUGUAUAAAUAUACUAGUAAUUUUUUGCCCAUUGUUAAGCAAAACAGCAGAUUAGGUACGCAAGAGACACCCAACAACACUUUUCUUAAAAUUGAUGAACUCGCUACCGAAUACAUAUAUCCAACUCCGAAUAAAUACUGUUAGUUUAAUCGGUUCUAGAAUUAUUUUAUAUUUUUGCGAUUUAAUUAUAAGUAUUUAUAAGUCUAAUAAUG